AUCUGAGAUCAUUUUUAAAACUACGUAUUCCAAAUUGGCUUUGUUACAUUUUGUGUGAAAAUGUUAAGACAGUUUAGAAAAUUUGAUUAAUUUUAAGAUGAUGAACACAUGACCUUUUCAUUAUAGGAAAAAAAAACUAAAAUCACUUAAUUUAAAAAUGUAUAUGAAUGAAUUUGUACACAGCAUUCUUAAUGUUGGCACGUACACUUAUUUUUAAGAAUUAAAAAUUGUUCGGUUGAAAAUCCUUAUGCCACUAACCUUUGUAUAUAUAGUUUUCUACUGUAAUCAUCAAGGAUGGGUUGAAUUAUACAGUAUAACCACUAGAUGGAGUGAUGGACAGCAGCAAAGUUCAUGUCAAAGUCCAGCCAUACUGAGAUAAUACCAUAAUGUACAUUGAAAUUAUACCAUAUUUUCAGAUCUGGUACAAAGCUCUCAGAUAAAGUCUAGUAUAUAAACUGGAUGCUGUAUAGAUAGCUACUGUAUAGUCAAGACCUUAUAGUAAGCCUAACGACUUAAUACUAAAAGAUGCAAAACGUCCUUUCGAAUAUUGAUUAAAAAAAUAUGUUCACAAUCGCAAUGAGAAAAGAGAGAAAUUAAGCCCUUCUGGAGCUUUUUACCUUUUUUCCAUUUCUGGCUUUUCCAGAUUAGUGUUGAUGAAACUACAGUAUAUGAAGGACUCUCGAGGAGUGCUCGGUUGCUUGGAAACCCAUGGCAACCCACUGUCCAGAGCUCACCAGCAGGCAGUUCAAGCUGAGGGUGCUCUUUAUCAACGCUGUGAAAGGCGGCACCGCUUAAAAAGGACUUUAUUUAACGCAGACAAAAACCUCUGAAAGAUACUGGCAGUAAAACUACGGGCUUUUGUCUGUGUGCACAAAAGUGACAUUAGCACAACUUUCAAUUCACUGCAACCCAAGAAUCAGCAGUGAUGUUUUACACAGCAUUUAGUGGUUUACUAGUUAUUCCCUAGUUCUGCUUUAGCAUAAAGCUGGAAUAGCUUAUUAAUAAUUUGUCUGAUUGCAGUGGGAUCAGGAAUUGUCUGCUUGUAUACAGCUUUUGGAUACGUGCAAUAGUAGCCAUACAGUAAGCGUCCAAACCCAGCUUAUGUGGCCAAAAUUCUCCCAUGGGAAAGCACUAAAAUGUGUCCAUUUACUUCAAACCAGAACUUAAAACUACCGGUCACAUUUUUAGAGCUACAAAUACCAGAUUUGGCACAGUCAUAGAACUAAUCAUGGAGUCUUUUUUUAUUUGUAUCCCAUUUUCUCCCCAAUUUACAAGGCUAAUUAUCCAACCCACUCAUUAGGACUCCUUUUGAUGCCUCAACACCAGGAAGGUGAAGACUAGCACAUGCCUCCUCUGAUACAUGUGAAGUCAGCCACCGCCUUUUUUUGACAGGGCUAGUGAUGGACACAGCAGCUCAUUAGAAUCCGUUCACUAAAGAUUUGUUUAAAAGAUUAUUUCACCGAAUUGUUCAGUGCUUGGCGCAAGGAGCCUGCGACACUGGGUGCCAGCGCAAAUGUGAAUCACAGCGUCAGUACGUUCAGUGAACGAAUCACAAGUGAGUGAACGAGAGGCCUCAGCCCUGAGUAACAGUACGUUAAGUGAGCAAACCACACAGUGAGUGAACUCAUCACUGAGCAACCAUCGUUCCCUCGCAAUGAGAGUCUCCGCCACCAGAUUCGUGGGUGAUUCAGGGAUUCACAGACCACAGCAAUUCCCCUCCUGGCCUGUAUUGUCGCUGCUGAGCUGAGAACUGAGAAAGGAACAAAUCAGCUGAGGAAGUGAUUAGAUUCAGUACAUUCACUCAAAUGAUUUAUUCAUUUGAACAAAUCGUUUGCAUUUGACACAACACCACACAGCGUGCUCGGAGGAAAGCGCAGCGACAUCAGCGAUGCAUCAGCUCACAGGCGCCUUGUGCUGAUUGACAUCACCAUUUGGAGUGAUGUGGGAGAGAGCGCCAUCUACUCACCCAGAGAGAGCAAGGCCAAUUGUGCUCCCUCGGGACUUUGGUAGCCGAUGGCAAGCUACAUUACCGGGAUUUAAACCAGCAAUGUACAGAUCAGUGUUGCCAGUGCUUUAGACCACUGGGCCACUCAGAGCCCCCAAUCAUGAAGUUUUUUGCUUUUUGCAGGCCCCGGUGUGUUAUGGGGCGAAUAACACAAAAUUAACGCAAUAGUUACUUUUACUGGUAACUAGUUACUUUUAUAGUGGAGUAACUUUUUUUGAAGCAGCAACUAGUAAACAUAACUAAUUACUUUUUCAAAGUAUCAUGCCCAACACUGCUCUUGGGCCACUCGUUCUAGAUUUCUGGAGAUUUUAUCUGAUUUGCGGGCAUCAGGGAAACUUUUUUAAUAUGCUUCUGUGAGACUUGGGAAGUCUGCAUUACACACUACUUUUGUAUGUGUAGCUCAAAAAAUAUGACCAUGGGUUGCUUAGAUCACGUAUGGUAUCUGGUAUCCUGUAUCUUCCUUCCAAAUAGCACUGCAAUCUAACUCCUCUGGUACUGGUGUUCUGGUAUGAUCUGACAUAUACUGUAUGAUCUGGUAAUUCAUAAUUUGAUUCUCUAUCUUUUCUCAGUUUCACAGUGUUGUCCAUCAAGCUGACAGUUCUAUGGUUUUAAUGAAUGGUAUCAGCUUAAUUCAAAUCAUCUCCUACUAGUAAUCACACAGCACUCACAGCUAGGUGUGGUUUUCUAUUGAAAUAAAUGUCUUUUAAUACAGUGUUUUUUUUUAGUUAUUGACUCCUCUCUGCUUGGACUGGAAACUCUCUCCACAUGAAAGUGUGUGCUUGGGUGGGCGCUAUGUUUCCAGGAGUAGGAGCUUCUGAUUGGUCUGAGCUUGUGACAAAGAGUCCACCCACACAUCCUCCUCUCAUAUCAGCACUCUUUGUGAGCUGAGAGGCAGGCCGGAUAAGUGCCCACUCCCCCCUUCUCUGUGUGUGUGUCUCUCUCUGCUCUUUCCUCUCUCUGUGUAAACUAACCUUGGCCACAGCAAUAGAGGAUGUUGGGCCUGGUUAUCUUAUUGGCUGCUCAGAAGCACUCACAUCUGACUGCACAGUUGAGGACCAGUGAAGGCCAGAGAAGAGUCCACUCAAGAUGCAAGACGCCUUAAACUGGAUAACUUGUGUACUUCAUUCUGCUGCACAGGCCAGCAAGGAGGGCUGUAUGGAGGUUUAAGUGGAAGGCCUACGGGAUAAGCUCGGCUCGGAUUAUGGGUACCACUGCCAGUGCCGGGUCCCAGCCUGCGUUGGUGGCACCUACACACCAAGCUGGUCACCAGGGUAACAGCAUGGCUGAAGACAGAAGCUCUCUCAGCAGCUCUCUACAGGCCCUAAACAUUCCUAACAGCAAAGCCAAGUCCAUCAUCACCAACAAGGUGGCCCCUGUGGUCAUCACGUAUAACUGCAGAGAGGAGUUUCAGAUUCAUGACAGUGUCCUGUCAGCCAACUACACAGUGGGACGAAUAUCUGAUACAAUGCCUGAGCAUUACCUAGUGCUGGGCGAGUUUUUUAUGGUUCAGGAUGUGAACAGUAGAGCAGAUGUCUUAAACACCACAGGAAGCUACGGGGCCCCCAACUUCCGCAAGGCCAAGGGAAACUACCCUCUGUAUGGCAUGGGCCAGCCUAGCUUGAAUGGCUUUAAGCAGGUCCUCCAGAGGCUGGAGACGGAGGCAUAUGAGGAGGUGAUAUUCUUGUGUGUGCGAGAAGAGCCGAUUGUCUUUCUUCGUCUGGAUAAAGACUUUGUUCCGUACACUCCCAGAAGGAAAGAGAACCUCCAUGAGAACCUUCUCCACCUAAAAGGAGGGGUCAGAGCAGAGCAGCUGGAGCUUUCCAUCAGGAAAGAGUUGUGUGACUUUGCUAAACUCAACGAGAACAUCUUCUAUGUUUAUAAUAACAUUGAACACUUUAAAGAUGAGCCACAGCAUGUCAGGAUUGUUUCUGAGGAGGACAUACAUGUGACUGAGGAGGUCUACAAACGGCCACUUUUCAGCUUACCUUCUCACAGGUAUUACAGACUUCCACUUCCUAUAGAGGGGGCACCACUGGAAGAGGAUUUCGAUGCCUUUGUUAACAUCCUCAGGGAAAGCCCUGGUCUGUCAGUGUUGCGAGAUGACUCCAGGCCUUUGCCUGCACUGCUCUUCAGCUGCCAGGAGGGGGUGGGUCGGACCAACCUUGGCCUCAUCCUGGGUGCAUUAAUCUUGCAACACCUGCAGAGGGCAGCACGUACAUCCAAAGAAGAAGACACAGAAGAGGACAGACAUCAGCCAGAAUUCCAAGUCAUUCAGAAUCUGAUCAGCCAUCUUCCCAAAGGUCAACAAGUCCUUGAUGAGGUUGACAGGGCUAUAGAAAUGUGUUCGGAAAUGCACAACAUCAAAGAUGCUAUAUUUGAAAAUAAGCGAAAAAUGGAUGGCAUUUCGGAGGACUAUCAGAUUCAAGGAAGCAGCACAAAGGGUUAUUUCCUCCAACGAACUUUGCAGAGUAUUGAGCGUUAUUUCUAUCUGAUAGUGUUUAACGCUUACCUUCAUGAUCAGUUUCCACAGCUGUUUGCCCAGAGUUUCAGUCGGUGGAUGUGUGCAAAUGCAUGGAUCUACAGGCUACUGGGUAGUAUGGACUGCUCUGAGCUCUCAGCUCCAGCCAGCCUGGUCACUGAUGGAAAAAGGAUACUGGUUUCUAGUGAAUAUUUAGCCCCGGACCUGCUUGGUACAGCCAAGGAAAUGAGAGUGGCCAACUUCAGGCGAGUUCUGAAGACAGCCGUGUAUGGCAUGGCACAGCCCAGCUCAGAGGCUGUGUCCAUGGUACUGUCUUACCUUACGGAUGAGAAACGGAAGCACUCCAGCAUACUGUGGAUUAAUCUUCAAGAGGAAAUGGUCGUGGAAGGAAAUGGGCAGAUGUUCACUCCUCGAGAGCCAGUCUGUGUGGAGCAGCCAAUCUCAGUGUGUGUGCAUAACCAGGAAUCACUUGAGAAGCUGGAGCUGGCAGUGAAGGAAGACAUUCUGAAGUGUGAGAAGUGGCUUGAAGUCACCACAGAGCAGGAGAAGCAGAUGAGGAUGCUGAAAAGCUGUCGCACUCUUCAGGAGCUCUUUGAACAGCAGCAGACCAUCCACCCAGGUCUCACCUACCGUCGUGUUCCCCUCCAUGACUGCUGUGCUCCAAAUGAAGAGGUAUUUGACCAGCUUUUGGAAGCUAUGAAGUCUACUCUGGCUGAGGACGCUGGCUCUGCUUUCAUCUUCAACUGCAGUGAUGGGAAAGAUCGAACCACUACUGCAAUGGUCAUCAGCACACUGACAUUGUGGCACUUCAAUGGCUUUCCUGAAUGUGGAGACGAGGAAAUUGUAAGUGUCCCAGAUGCAAAGUACACAAAGGGAGAGUUUGAGGUGGUGAUGCAGGUGGUCAGGUUGCUGCCUAAUGGUUACCAAAUGAAGCGAGAGGUUGACAUGGCCCUUGACAUUGUCAGUGAGACAAUGACUCCCAUGCAUUACCACUUACGGGAGAUCAUUAUAUGCUCAUAUAAACAGAUCAAAUCAGCGAAAUCAGACACUGAAUCUCAGCAGUUACGGCUGAAGAGUCUACAGUACCUGGAGCGCUACAUUUACCUCAUCCUCUUCAAUAGCUACCUCCACCUGGAGAAGAAAGACUCCUGGAGACGACCCUUCAGCUUGUGGAUGCACCAGGUGGCAGCAAAAGCUGGUAUCUAUGCCAUCCUCAAUCAGCUGGGUUUCCCUGAAUUUGAAGCUCAUAAGGACUCUCCACUGGCCAGUCUACGCCAUCGCUGGCAAAAGCAUGGUUCUCAUUCGCUGCCUAUCCGUGGAGACUUUAUUUAAUGGAAUUGUAGCUUUUAACAUACAACUAUAGUGUGACACAGAAAGAGAACUGGGGCUGACUCACAUUGUUGUGCUGUUUAUAUUAUUCACAACUCAUCAAACUGAAUUUUUUAAUUAAGUUCACUCAACUGCUUUGCUGUCUUUCUCUUUUCUUUUGCCAAACCAGUACAGGCUAAGAUCUGUAUCCUCUUAUAUAUGCACUACACUGACUCUCACACAUUCUUCCUGUCAGGUUCUUAUUUCUCAGUUCCUGCAUUAGAUUUUGUUUAUUGGUCACCUACUUCUCACAGACAACAGUACAACCAUGUACAGCAUUUCCCCACAACUGAGAAAGAACAUCUGUAUAGUAUCUCACUAACUGCUAAUGGAAUUCAAUGUAAAUAUAGUGGAGCUUUUUAAAAUCCCUUUGAAAGAUUAUGGGGUUCUUUCCCAGACAGAUACUAACCUAUUUAUAGACUAUAUUUUCCUUUCAAUACAAAAUCUUAAUUGGUAAUGCAGCGUAGUCCAAGACUGGGCUUAAUCCCUGUCUGGGAAACAGCCCUUAUAUGUUUGCCCCUCUGAAGGUAACAGUAACACUAAGAAGUUAUGCUUAGUUUUAAUGAUAAUAUUGAAAGGUGGAUUUCUUAUAGUUAAUAUUAUUAUAUUAUUGUGUGCAUUUUUUUUCCUGUAGUUUUCAUUGUGUGAUGUUAUUUCAUUAUUUUUGCAUAAAAUAAGCACAACUGUACAGUUUACAUCUACCCAAUGACACAUAUAAAUACCAGAUCUGCACCAUUUUUUUCAAUCAAUAAAAAUGCUAAUAAAAUUAAUGUGUUACAAAUGGUACAGCAAAACCAUAAAACAUAUAUAUGAAUACAAUUAUACUAUUUGGCUGUGGCAAGAACUUUAUUGACUUCACAUUUGUGAUAUAGUGUACAGUAAAGCCAAUACUUCAA